AUGACAUUGAAUUGGGUGCAAUCGAAAAACAUACUUGCAACUUUGAAACGUAAAAGACCCGGAAAUAUUGUAAACAUCAGGAAAGUGUAUAAUAUUUGGUACCAAAAUAACAAGGCGCUGAGGGGGGAUAAAACUGAAAUACAACAACUCUUGAAAUUGUUGGAUGAUAAUAGUUAUGUGCCUAGGUACCAAACAUGCGAGGAUGAAGUAACCGUUAAAGAUAUAUUUUGGACUCAUCUUGAUUCCAUCAAGUUGUUCAACAUGUUUCCUAAUCUCCCCAUCAUUGAUUCAAUUUAUAAGACAAACCAGUACAGGCUUCCACUAUUGGAAAUUGUUGAGAGUGACAAAGAGAAAAAUGUUACUUGGGCUUUAGAGGUGUGUCGGACAAUGUUGAAGGACCAAGAAGACAUGCCAAAAGUAAUUAUUAUCGAUCGUGAUACAUCUUUGAUGAAGUCGGUUGCAAAGGAAGGUGUGCCAGAAAAUCCAGAUUUGUUAAAAUAUGUUGAAAGUACAUUUUUGUACCAGGAAAUUGGUGAUAUAGUAAUCGAUAAUAACUUUAAAAUUACCGAACUAGUAAAUGAAUUUGUUAAUCAUAAUUAUAAUAAUUUUCUUGAUUUUAAAUUGUCUGAAAAUCUAAAGCUCACAUUUUUGUUUCUUUCAUUUGGGUUGCAGUAUAGUGAUAAUUAUCUCAACCUAUCAGGUGACUCUAUAAGCCACUGA